CUCGCCUUGGGUGGAACAGGAGCAAGAGCCGGAGCUCACAGGCACCAGCAGAUAAAAAAAAACCCAUAAAAACUAGACAGAGAGAACAAUACGCGGUUUUGCUAUUUUUGGGGGGACAUACUUUGAUGGAUAGUCUUGGAAUUAUCUCCAGCAGUGUCGCCCGAUCUUUUCAUUUGAUUUAACCGUUUGCAGCAAGUUCUCCCUCCGCACAGAUGUUAGUCCACACCUAUUCAGCUAUGGACCGCCAUGAUGGUGUCCCCAGUCACAGCUCCAGACUCUCCCAGUUGGGAUCUGUCUCCCAAGGACCCUACUCAAGUGCCCCUCCGCUGUCUCACACCCCCUCCUCGGACUUUCAGCCUCCCUAUUUCCCCCCUCCUUACCAGCCACUUCCUUAUCACCAGAGCCAAGACCCCUACUCUCAUGUCAACGACCCCUAUUCACUGAACCCCCUGCACCAGCCCCAGCAACACCCGUGGGGACAAAGGCAGAGGCAAGAUGUGGGCUCAGACACUGGAUCUCUGUUGCCCCAGCCCAGGGCUUCACUCCCCCAGCUUUCUGGACUGGAUCCCAGGCGGGACUACCACUCAGUCAGGAGACCAGACGUCCUUCUACAUUCAACCCACCAUGGCCUGGACUCUGGGAUGGGGGACAGUCUGUCUCUGCAUGGACUUGGUCACCCAGGGAUGGAAGAUAUGCAGUCGGUGGAAGAUGUGAAUAAUGCCAUGAACCUGCUGGACCAGUCUGUCAUCAAAAAAGUGCCAGUCCCCCCUAAAUCCGUCACCUCCCUGAUGAUGAACAAGGACGGAUUCCUGGGUGGGAUUUCAGUGAAUGCCGGAGAGGUUUUCUGCUCAGUACCGGGUCGUCUGUCCCUGCUCAGCUCCACCUCCAAGUACAAAGUGACCGUGGGGGAGGUACAAAGACGCCUGUCCCCUCCCGAGUGUCUCAAUGCCUCCCUCCUGGGCGGGGUCCUAAGAAGAGCAAAAUCAAAAAACGGGGGUCGAUCUCUGAGGGAGAGACUAGAGAAAAUCGGGUUGAAUUUGCCCGCAGGCCGGCGCAAGGCAGCCAAUGUCACCCUGCUGACCUCCCUGGUGGAAGGUGAAGCUGUACAUCUAGCUCGGGAUUUUGGGUAUAUUUGUGAGACAGAAUUCCCAGCUAAAGCUGUAUCUGAAUACUUGAACAGGCAGCACACGGACCCCACUGAUCUGCACUCCAGGAAAAACAUGCUGCUGGCUACAAAGCAACUUUGUAAAGAGUUCACAGAUCUUUUGGCCCAAGACAGGACACCCAUAGGCAACAGUAGGCCCAGUCCAAUUUUGGAACCUGGAAUCCAGAGCUGCUUGACUCACUUCAGUCUCAUCACCCACGGCUUUGGUGCUCCAGCCAUAUGUGCUGCCCUCACGGCUCUUCAGAAUUACCUUACCGAGGCCCUCAAAGGAAUGGACAAGAUGUUUCUGAAUAACAGUGCCAACAGGCAUACAUCUGGGGAAGGACCAGGUAGCAAAAACGGAGACAAGGAUGAAAAACACCGAAAAUGAAAGAAGCACAUACUUUUAACACCUUUAAUUUUAGCUUUAAAAAAAAUAUAGGACUGGCUUUGGGAAAUACAAACAAAUAUAUAUAAAUAUAUCAGAACAAGCCCUGGUACUGAACCAAGAAUUUGCAAUCCAGCGCACGACUAGAAACAGGGGCUUUUAAUCAGAGGAACUGGAGAGCCUUCAUUGGACUUUUUCUUAGUAACGCCAUCAUUUUUAAGGGAAAAAUAAAAUUCCAGUUUUUAGAAUCUCCCCAAACGGACAGUAAUUUAUUGGAGAAUAACUGAAAAAAGACUUCUUUUUUUUAAUUUUUCACAUUCCUUUGUUUCCUGAAAUGCACGUCCACUGGUACAUGUUUCCUUCAGAAUCAGAAAAAAAAGUGAAAGAUUAAAAAAGAAAAAAAGCAUUAGAAGAUACAUUUUGGAACAUUCAGAUAUGAUGUUUUCCCCACAUGUGUGUGUGAGAAUCCACCACUAACUUUAACAUGUAUAACGUCUAACUCCGGACUUAAAUGACAAGUGAGAUGGGAACAAUGGCUCUGAGAGGAUCUUUUGUCUUCUGUACAAGGCACAGGUGUCCCCUAUCCCCUUUUGACUUUCUAUUCUUCCAUUCCAAUCAGACGUUUCAUUGUAAGAUAUGUGAAUUGAAAUUUCAUCCUAAAUAUUUCCCAAGUGUGUUAUGCUUGGCUAAACUAAUUCUGGCUAUCUACGUUGAAAAAACCCCAUAAUUUAGUCUUUUUAAAGGGGUCCUCACUCUUCACAAAUGUAGUGUGACAAAUGAGUGCUUUUGUUUAUAAACCACUCAACAUUUUAUUUUUUUAGUUUAUUCAUAUUAGGGAGAAACUACAAUUUCUAGUAAUAUGGGUCAGUCUGUUUAAACUUGGCUUGCUUCCAAUGUCAAAAGGGUGUGGUGGAACAAGUCAUUGGAAGCUCCUGGUACAGGCUUCAUUCUCUUGAGCUGCACAGUAUAAUCUCAAAAAUGUUAACUUUUCAGAUUACAAAAAUUCUUGGGAGCUGUUGAACUCAAGUGCACCCCUCCUGCCAGUGGUGGGUUUUCCUGGGCUGGUAUGAAUACCAACAAUCCCAAUAACUGACAACUAGAGAUGUUAUUAGGGAGUCCAAGCAUCUAGUGGUCUUGGUAGGAGUGUGGAAAAUCUUAGUAAUGCAUAAAAUAUAAGAAAGAUGGUGACAUUAACAGUGUUUCCUAUCAUGUGUCUUUUUAUUUGUUGAUAAAGCACGACUCAGAGUACCCCCCCCAAAAGCUGAAGGGUCAUAGGUUGGGCAAUGAGGCCUUAUCAUGACAUUUCUGUACUAAAAUAUUAUCAUUCAUUGCAAGGCCAGAUGAAAAGGUCAAUACUGCAGGUUUUUUAUCACCCAGUAUUUGAUGAUUAUGACUUUUAUAUAUAACUCACUGUAUUGCUCUUAUUUCCAAAAUAUUUUGCACUGCGGCUUUCCAGUGUUGAAAAAUAUUUGUUCAGGUGACCCCCUUAGCUCAUUAUAAAGUUAUUGAUAUAUAAAAACAUUGGGGUAACAGUCAGCCUGCUAUAGUUCUAGGGGUACCCAGGGCACAUAUAAGCCCUCACCCCAAAUCUCCCCAUAACUGGCCAUCAGUAUGGACCCCCUAAGCUCAUAACAAGGUUACAGAUUUAUAGAAACAUUGGGGUAACAGUCACCCUGCUAUAGUUCCAGGGGUACCCAGGGUACAAAUAAACACUCACCCCAAAUCUCCCACUAACUGACCUUCAGACUGGGCCCCCUAAACUCAUAACAAGGUUACAGAUAUAUAGAAAUAUUGGGUAACAGUCACCCUGCUAUAGUUCCAGGGGUACCCUCUUAGCUCAUAACAAGGAAUAACCUUCAUCUUACUGUACUUUAAAGAACAUCAAGGACAACAAUGAAAUAUUCAGUCCAGAUCACACCCUAACUGACUUUCAGGACAUCCAUUAAUAUCUGGGCAUUAAUCCCAACUGGUUGGGCCCCAUCGUCUGCAUCAGGCCCCUACAGGGGACCAGUCCCAUAGUCUAGAAACCUUUUCAACAUUUAUUUGUACAGAUUGCCCAAAAUAUCCUAAAAACACAAUUUUUAAGUUUCCAUAAAACAUUUUUACCGAACUGUCUUUAAAACAGCUGGCAUAAAUUGGUAGUGCAUUUUUUUAGUUAUUAUCAUUAAAAUUACAUUUUUUUGCUCAUUUCAUCUCACGGGAAAAAGUUUUAAUGCAGCAGACUAAGCGUUCUACUUAUUUCUACUACCCCAUUUAGCUUGCUUGGAUGCAAGAUCAACAAACGGCCUUCUCUUCCAUAUAGAAUAAUCAAUUUCCAUGAGGAUUUUUAUUUUUGCAUUUAAUUGCACAUCUGUCUGUUAGCAACAAAAAACACUAUUUUCAGUGGCUGUAACAUUUUUUUUAACCCUUAAUUAUUUUAAACAUUUUGCCAGGCAAGCAAGCGAGCCUUGCAUGUGAUCUGAAAUGAGAAUUACAC